AAAAAAUGACAAAGCUUUUUGCAAUCCUUAUUUUCAUGGUUAGCUUUCUCGCCCUGGAAACCGAAUCAACCAUUACUAUCAGCGAGUAUUCCUGCCUGAAUUCGAGCACUUUCACACUGAAUAGCACCUAUGAGGCGAAUCUCAGGCUUCUCCUUCAAUCCCUUCCCUCUCACACCAACUCGAGCAAUGGAUUCUUCGACACGAACAUGAGCAUGGGGGAGCCAAAUGACGCCGAAGCUGUAUAUGGCAGAUUCCUAUGCAGGGGAGAUGUCACCAAGGAAGUGUGCCUGGAAUGUGUGAAAGCUGCUAGUGUCAGUAUCAAAGAGAAAUGUCCUAUGGUCAAAGCGGCCAUCCUCUGGUACGACGAGUGCAUGUUGCAGUAUUCUAACCGUAACUUCUUCCCAGCGACGGAUGAAGUGCCUAUUCUGGAAAGUUAUAAUCGGCGGAAUGUGAACCAGCCCACCGAUUUCAUGAGGCUGUUGGAAAAAACAUUGAAGCAGUUGAUUACUCGGGCUGCUAAAAGAUCCGAUAAGAAGUAUGCUUCCAAAGAGGCCCCUGUCAAAGGAUACAGGGGCGCUACUCUGUAUACGUUUGCCCAGUGCAGGCCUGAUCUCUCAGCGGCUCACUGCGAGGAUUGCCUGCAGAAUGUGAUUUCGAUUCUCCUGACAAAACAAACCGGGAAAAGUGGAGGCAGAAUCUUGCGUUCGAGUUGCUUCGCCAGGUUCGGGAUAAGCCCGUUCUACACAGUCGAAAAGAAAAGGCAUUUUUCAUCAAGAUUAACUAUCGGGAUCACUUCUGCAACUUUGGCGGUUGGUCUACUUUGUGUCAUGCUCUGGUUUACCCUCAAAAGAGAAAGGAGCAAGAGAAACAACGUCGAAGAAGAUCUAAUUGUUGGAAGCAAAAUUUCGGAACUACAUUCGUUGCAAUUUGAUGUGGGCACAAUUGAAGCCGCCACAGAUUACUUCUCGAAUCGCAACAAAUUAGGGGAAGGUGGAUUCGGUCCAGUUUAUAGGGGUACACUCCCUUGUGGGGGGAAAAUUGCUGCAAAAAGGUUGUCUCAAAGCUCAAAACAAGGUGUGCGGGAAUUCAAAAAUGAAGUUGAAUUGGUAGCCAAGCUUCAACACAGAAACCUAGUGAGGCUAUUAGGAUUUGCCAUGGAAAGAGAAGAAACGAUACUGGUCUAUGAAUAUGUGCCCAACGGAAGCCUAGACCAGUUGCUCUUCGGUUUGCGCCUCUCCCUUCAUCUUCUUUAAAAAUGAUUCCAUUCCUCUUAGUUUAGUUCUUUCUUUUCGAUCCUGGUCACCAUCUUAUAAUAUUUCCAAGGUAUGAGCAAAAUUCAGAAGUUAUGUCUUGGGGCAUUCUUCAUACAAUUUGACGAUGGUUCCAAAAGAAAAUUACAUGUGACAAUGAUCACUCGUCAAUCAUAUUUAGACAUGAACUAGAGAUUCUUUUGACUCUAAAUUUACAAAAUUCUGGCCAACACAGACCCUCCACAAAGCAUACGGUUGGAUUGGUCGGCACGCCACAAGAUCAUGGUUGGGGUGGCACGUGGUAUUCUUUACCUUCAUGAAGAUUCUCGGCUCCGAAUUAUCCAUCGUGACCUCAAAGCUAGCAACAUUUUGCUUGAUGAAAAUCUAAACCCGAAAAUCUCGGACUUUGGUAUGGCUAGGAUUUUUUGUACUGAGCAGACUCAAGGAAGUACAAACAGAAUCGUCGGAACUUAUGGCUACAUGUCUCCUGAAUACGCCAUGUACGGACGAUUUUCAGUAAAAUCCGAUGUGUUCAACUUUGGUGUGCUAAUGCUCGAGAUCAUAACUGGCAAGAAGAAUCGGUAUUCUUACAUAUCAGAUGACCAUGAGGGCCUUCUCAACUAUGUUUGGGAACAAUGGAGAAUCGGAGAACCAUUAGAAAUUGUGGAUCCAACAAUCGUUAAAUCUUACUCAGAAAACGAAGUGAUCAAAUGUAUUCACAUUGGCUUGCUCUGCAUUCAAAAUGACAAAGAAGCCCGACCCGCCAUGGAUACAGUUGUUCUUAUGCUUAGUAGUGCUGAUUUCGUUAGCCUCCCCUUGCCGGAGCAACCUACUUUCUUCAUCCCAAGUGUGAAGCACAAACAAAAAUAUCAAGAUCGAAACUCGAAUCAAUCCAAUGAGAAGCUCAAUGGGAGCACGAUAAUGCCGCAGUAUUCAGUGAUUAGUGAUUGUCUAACUGAUGUGGCUCCUCGAUAAAGAGCGGGAAAAUAUCAUGGAGCACACUCGAAAUCCACCGAGCAAUGUACAAUUCAUAAGCCAAGAGGUCAACACCAAGUAUCGUACAAAAAAUGCAAGCUCUCUUUUGGAAGGAACAAGAUUUUUAAGCUCUAAAUAAUAGUGUGUUGAAGUCCAUUCUCUAUGAGAGCAGCCGCAACUAUUUAGAUAGCAACAAAUCGAUGUAUAAAGUAAAUUACUCAUUCU